UUCAUGCACGUCGUCACACUGCAGUCCUCAAUGACCCAGUCAGCUGCGGCGAUGGCAUCCACACUCCCUCGAUUUCUUCCUCGGCGACUCUGCCAGUCCUCUCCUUUACCUCGAUUUUCUCAGUCAAUUCCACGAAAGUCUCCUCCCUUGCGUAACCUUAAUCUUUCAACGCGACGAGGCUACGCGAGUGGUCCCAAUCGUACACCUGGAAAUAACCCACUCAAGAUCUGGCCAUUUGUUGCGAUCGUAUUAGCAGGCUCAGGAGCUUAUGUUUUGAUGGUCAGGAGUCGAGUUGAUAUGGCACCAGCAACAGGACAAAUCGCGGCCCCGAAGAAAGACACCCCGACCUUCUCUCCCUCAAAAGUAACGGUUAUCUUCGUCCUUGGUGGACCCGGUGCAGGAAAGGGCACUCAAUGUGCCAACCUCGUCCGCGACUACAAGUUCACCCAUCUAUCUGCCGGUGAUCUCCUCCGCGCCGAGCAGGACCGCGAAGGCUCUGAGUUCGGUGAUUUGAUCAAGAGCUAUAUUAAGGAUGGUAAGAUUGUGCCCAUGGAGGUCACGGUGCAGUUGUUGGAAAAUGCCAUGACGGAUGUUGUGAGCAAGGAUAAGGAUGGGAAGGGAAAGUUCUUGGUUGAUGGAUUCCCGAGGAAGAUGGAUCAGGCGUUGAAGUUUGAUGAGACGGUCUGCCCGAGCAAGUUUGUCUUGUUCUAUGACUGUCCUGAAGAGGAGAUGCAGAAGAGAUUGUUGAACCGUGGCAAGACCAGUGGAAGAUCAGACGACAAUGAGGAAAGUAUCAAGAAGAGGUUCAAGACGUUCGUGGAGACGAGUAUGCCAGUUGUGGAUUACUUUGAUGGCGAGGGACGCGUGGUGAAAGUUGUGGCUACGAAGUCUCCGGAUGAAGUAUACAAGGAGACCAAGGAGAAAAUUGAGCAAAGACUCGGCAAGAAUUUCUAGAGCGGCAUCUUGGCAUCUCCCGCGUUAAUAUUAGAUGGGAGGAUUAUAGAG